CGGCUCGUCCAUCCCGCCGCCGCUGGCGUCGCCAGAGGAUUCGCCUCGCGGGACUCUGCCCCGGGCGGGCGGUGACAGCCGAGCCGGGGCAGCCCCGCCGCCGCCCUCGGUCUCCCGCCGGCCCCGAACGUCACCGAGGACAGCCUUAGGACCUUUUGGAUGGAAGACCUGUGGUUCUGUGUUCAUGUCAGAAUGACCUAGAUCACUUUGCCACUCUAUGGUUCCUACCGCAAGCGCUUGACUGCAGUGCAGUGGGAUUUCACCACCAGUGCUUGUGGACCAUCCAGAUGGCUGUAAACCUGCAGAGGAGACACAGAACGUGGCCUCUCAAACUGGAUUAAUACAACCUGUUGAUAUUUUUAUUUAUACUUUUUUUUAUUUUUGUAUUUGACUUAAAGUGCCAUGAAAAAAUUUGCAUAUUGCAAGGUGGUCCUUGCCACCUCUUUGGUUUGGGUCCUUCUGGACAUGUUUCUAUUGCUCUACUUCAGUGAAUGCAACAAAUGUGAUGAGAAGAAAGAACGAGGGCUGCCUGCUGGAGAUGUUCCAGAACCCAUACAAAAGCCACAUGAAGGACCGGGAGAGAUGGGGAAGCCUGUGGUCAUUCCAAAAGAGGAGCAAGAAAAAAUGAAAGAAAUGUUUAAAAUAAACCAGUUUAACUUAAUGGCAAGUGAAAUGAUUGCACUCAACAGAUCUUUACCCGAUGUCCGGUUAGAAGGUUGUAAAACAAAGGUGUAUGCAGACAACCUUCCCACAACAAGUGUUGUCAUUGUUUUUCACAAUGAGGCUUGGAGCACACUUCUACGAACUGUUCAUAGUGUGAUAAACCGGUCACCACGACACAUGCUGGAAGAAAUUGUACUUGUUGAUGAUGCCAGUGAAAGAGACUUUUUGAAAAGACCACUGGAGAGCUAUGUAAAAAAAUUAAAAGUACCUGUCCAUGUGAUUCGAAUGGAACAGCGCUCCGGUUUGAUCAGAGCUAGAUUAAAGGGGGCUGCUGCUUCCAAAGGCCAGGUCAUCACCUUCUUAGAUGCUCAUUGUGAAUGUACGGUAGGCUGGCUCGAACCUCUGCUGGCAAGGAUUAAAGCUGACAGGAGAACAGUCGUGUGUCCCAUCAUUGAUGUAAUUAGUGAUGACACCUUUGAAUACAUGGCAGGUUCAGAUAUGACUUAUGGUGGUUUCAACUGGAAGUUGAAUUUCCGUUGGUAUCCAGUUCCUCAGAGAGAGAUGGAUCGACGGAAAGGAGAUCGAACUCUUCCUGUUAGGACGCCUACAAUGGCAGGAGGUCUUUUUUCAAUAGACAGAGAUUACUUUCAGGAAAUUGGAACAUAUGAUGCUGGAAUGGAUAUUUGGGGUGGAGAAAACUUGGAAAUUUCUUUCAGGAUUUGGCAGUGUGGUGGCACUUUGGAAAUUGUAACUUGUUCACAUGUUGGGCAUGUGUUCAGAAAAGCAACACCAUACACUUUUCCAGGAGGUACAGGGCAGAUAAUCAACAAAAAUAACAGGCGGCUUGCAGAAGUGUGGAUGGAUGAAUUCAAAAACUUUUUUUAUAUCAUUUCCCCAGGAGUUACUAAGGUUGACUAUGGGGACAUAUCAUCACGACUUGGAUUGAGACGCAAGCUUCAGUGCAAGCCUUUCUCCUGGUACCUGGAGAAUGUUUAUCCUGAUUCCCAAAUUCCACGCCAUUAUUUUUCUUUGGGGGAGAUAAGAAACGUGGAAACAAAUCAAUGUCUGGAUAACAUGGCAAGAAAAGAAAAUGAGAAAGUUGGAAUCUUUAACUGCCAUGGAAUGGGUGGAAAUCAGGUUUUCUCAUAUACAGCCAACAAAGAAAUUCGAACUGAUGAUUUGUGUUUAGAUGUCUCCAAACUUAAUGGCCCAGUAACAAUGCUCAAGUGCCACCAUUUAAAAGGAAAUCAGCUUUGGGAAUAUGAUCCAGUGAAAUUAACUCUGCUGCAUGUGAACAGUAAUCAGUGCCUGGACAAAGCCACCGAAGAAGACAGCCAGGUACCCAGCAUCAGAGACUGCAAUGGCAGCCGCUCUCAGCAGUGGCUACUUCGCAAUGUCACCCUUCCAGAAAUAUUCUGAGAGGUUCUAAAGAAAAUAAAGGAUUGACUGGGCUACCUCGGCAAAUACUUUGGCUACACUGUUAAGUAGCAACAGAAGGAAACUUCUCUGCAGAAUCCAGUUUUCCACCUGCUAGAACUCCUGCAGCUUUUCUGUAGCUGUGAACCAGCCUUCCUGUAAAAGGAUGUGAAACUACCACACAUACUAGUGAGACUGCGCCCACUGAUGUUUACAUGAUUGAAGGAGUUUCUUCUAGCAAAUCACGUAGAGAACAUUUGGACAGUGGAAACAUAAUCAAUGAAAUAUUCUUUCUGAGGAGCUGCAUAUCAUCGUAGUUUGCUUGCACAUCAGUAACCUCUGCUGAAAGUGCUGUUGUAAUGAAGAAAGUUCAAGACUUUUUUUUCCUGGUUAACUGUGGUAACCAGACUACUAAAUACAGAUCUACAAAUAAGCAGAGAGCUGGGAAAUGGAUUCAAUAACAUGCGAUAAGAAUUCUGUAGUUUAAGGAGAAAAAAAAAAAAAAGUAAACAGGGUUGAAUGGAAACUAAAUCAGAACUAUGAAAAGUACAAUUUGUUAUAGUGAAGUAUCAAAUUUAUAUGUAGAUUUUAUACCUCAGUGGGGGGAUGAUAACCAAGUCAAAAGGCAAUUCUCUUUUUUUCAAUUGUGUGAUAGUCCAUAAUUACUUCUUUUCUCCCUGGUGGGUCUAAAAUAAUUUUGGGCGCAAGCAAAAUGAGCGUAAGAAUAAACUUAGCUCUUGAAUGUCAGAUCAACAUUUUUAUUUCAAUUUCUUGGCUGUUGGAAUUGUAUCUUUUUAUUACUGUCUGAAAACUGGAGGUUAACAUGCUGUCUAACUUUUUUUUUUUUGUCCAGACCUGACAUUUCAGUUUUUAUUUGGGUCAGUCAGCUUUCAUGGACACUCGUGGCCAAACAGAAGAUUUACGUACGUGUUGAAGUCCUUAAGUUAACUUGAUGGAAUACACUUAGCACCCGGAACUCAUACUACUGUAUUAUGGUUUUGUUUUCAUGGCCGUAAAUCUUUUGUUCCCUGUUUGAUUUUGGUCAUCAGAAAGCCAGAAGAGAAGAUACAUGAUGUGGGUAGCAGGAGAUUGGCAAAACUGAAGGUUUUCUGGAAUCCUUUUUCACUCCAUAUUCAGAUGUGCUUCAUUGUCAAGUGCAUAUUUAGAUUAGAUUCUGAAUUGUAAUGUUGAUCUGCUGCUUUUUUCUAAUAAAAUCUAAAGAAAGAUAGCUAAAUUGGUAUGGUUUUAAGUUAACAUAGCCAAAAGCAAUAUGACUGUCAUUACAUGGGUCUGCGUUUUUUUUUUUAAACUCAAUUGUUCUGUUAAGAAAAAUCUGUGUGAGCUGAUGAUGAAAAUGAGCUACUGAAUGCUCAGGCUAUAUGUUGAAUUUUCUUUUGGAAAGAAAAAUGAGAUUUACUUAAUGGAGAGGAUAUUUUUAUGAUAAAUGUCAUUGUUUGGCCAACUGUCCUGUAAAGCAAAUUAAAUCUAGACUCCUGCAAAA